AUGCCCAAAACAGUCGAAACAGUCGAUCUCUCACACACCGCAGGCCUCUACUACGGCCCUGCAACCAUCUCCAGCGGAAAAGUGCUGCACAUCUCCGGGCAGCCAGGGAGCACCAACUCCGGCCACGUCCCCGAGGACUACGAGUCCCAAAUCCACCUGUGCCUGUUCAACCUGCGAAAGCUGAUUAUCGCCGCGGGGGCCGACAUCAAAGACAUCGCAAAGCUCAACGUCUACAUCGUCAACUACGACGUAGCCAACCGCAAGCACGCCCGCCCCAUCCAGCGCUUCUUCGGCAAGCAUCGGCCAGCACAGACUCUCGUUCCUGUUCCUGCACUUGCUGUCCCGAGCUGGCUGAUUGAGAUUGAUGCCGUUAUUGCACUUCCUGAACAGCCUUCUAUCCCUCCUGCUCUCCCGGCCGCAACCGAGACAGCUGACGUUUUGAUCAUCGGCGCCGGUCUGGCAGGUCUCACGGCCGCGCAUGAAGUGCUUCGAGCCGGUCUCUCUUGUAUUGUCCUUGAAGCCCGAGACCGUGUCGGCGGCAAGACAUGGAGUCAGCCCACAGUCGAUGGAAACGGGGUAAUUGAUGUGGGCGCGGCCUGGAUCAACGAUACGAACCAGAGCAAGAUAUACGCAUUGGCGAAGCGGUACGGCGCAGAGCUCAUUGUGCAGAAUACGCAGGGAAAUGCGGUUAUCGAGGACUCUGAUGGAAAUGUCUCCCCGUUUGCGUAUGGGGAGUUGCCGAGCUUCGACGAAGCCACGAAGAAAAACGUCGCCGAGAUCAGAGACAUGUGUGAGGCAGACUGCCAGGCCCUGGAUACCUGGCGUCCCAAGGAUACCGGCCUGGACGCUCUAACAUUCGAGGCGUAUCUUCGCUCUCGCGGCGCAAGCAAGACAGCCCUGGCCACGGCGACGGUGUGGACGCGCGCAAUGCUCGGUCUUGAACCCAGCGAUGUCUCGGCACUUUACUUCCUCAACUACUGCAAAUCAGGCGGUGGUCUGCUUCAGAUGCGCUCUGACCGGAAGGACGGCGGACAGUAUCUGCGAAUCCGUGGGGGAACGCAGACCUUUGCCAAGGGCCUCGCUGGUUCUCUUCCUGAUAGUGUCGUUCGUCUUAACAGCCCUGUCCAAUCUAUAAUCCAGGAAAGCGGUCGGAGUAUCAAAAUCCAAGCAGCCGGCGUCGUCUACUCAGCCCAGAAGGUGAUAACCACGGUCCCCGGCCCGGUCCUGAAGAACAUCUCAUUCUAUCCACCCCUCCCACCCGUGAAACGCGCGUGGUCUGAAUCGCUGUACUACGGAUACUACACCAAAGCAAUGAUGGAAUUCAAGGCUCCCUUCUGGGUCGAUCGCGGGUUCUGCGGUCUCGCGCAAUCCUUCAUCGGUCCUGCCGGCGUUAUCCGCGAUAGCUCUAUACCCCAAGACCACAAGUUCGUCCUCACAUGCUUCAUGGGUGGAGAGCCAGGGCGGGCAUGGGCUUCUCUCCCCACCGCAGAACGAGAGAAAACCCUACUAGCCCAGAUCAGCAAGUUAUACGGAGCCGAUGCGGAAAGCCAGUUCGUGCGCAUGACGGCGUACGAAUGGCCGAAUGAUGAGUUUGCUGGGUUUGGAUGUCCCUGUACUUCGCUUCCACCUGGCGUAUUGGACUCGCUGGGUGGUGAUGCGUUGAGGGCGCCGGCUGGGAAUGUGCAUUUUGCGGGCACGGAGACGGCGGGCGAGUGGAAGGGGUAUAUGGAGGGGGCUGUGAGGAGUGGGGAGCGAGCUGCGGAGGAGGUUGUUAGGGAUGUUAAUGGGCCGGUUGUUGCUAGACUGUAG